AUGAAUAGGUUUAAGAUAAAAACCCAUCAAUUUUAUAGGAAGAGUGAGAUUGAUAUUGAUUAUCUGAUGGCUACAUUACCUGAUGGUGUAAAAAUUGUAAGUUCAGAAGAAGAAGAGAGGAAUGACAUAAUUAAAUUAGAAUUUGAUAGAGUCAAUUGUUUUCCUUUAAGCGAAUUCAUUUCAUAUAGUGAAACUAUUAUUUUUAGAUUGUAACACGGAUAAGUAUUUACACUUAUUGAAAAAUUGAUAUUUCUAAUAGAAAAACUAAAUUAUGAAAAUGGAAAAAUCAAUUAAUAUCACAUUUGGUUAAUAUUCAAUUAAGAAAAUAACCAAAAAUUAGAACUAUUUAAACGAUCUAUUUUAGACUAUAAAUUAUUUUAUUCUUUUCCUCUAUUAAACAAAAAUAAAGAAGAUAAAAUCUAAAUUAUUGAACUAAUUACUUAAAUUUUCAAAUUUUGUCAAGAUAUUCCGUAAGCUUUUCAUUUUUUUGAAUCAAACAAACCUUACAAAAUUUAUGAAAAAGAACUUUAAUAAGGAUUUCAAUAAUUUAAAUACAAAUUUAUUGAUUAUUGCCAAAAUAUAAAAAAUAUUGAUUAAAAAACUUAAGUUGAUCUAAAUAUUGACGUAUCUGAUGAGUUGGUACAAAAUCCAGAUGAUUUAAAGAAGGUUGAUCAGUUCAUUCAAUUUUAUAUUAAAUAAAAACAUGAUUUAACAUCUUUAGAAGCUAUUUUAACAGAGUUAUUCAAAUAAUAUCAAUUAGAAAAAGGGUUCCUAUCUUUAGGUAUGCAUAAAAAAUAAAAUGUUUCAAAUUAUAAAUUAGAUGAGUUGAAGAAAAUCUUUGAAUUUAAAUAAGAAUAAUAAUUGAUUAAUUUAAUAUAAGAAACCUUUGAAAGCUUGAAUCAAACAUAAGAUAUAUUAAAGAAUUCUAUUAAAUAUGAAGAAUAUCCAUUAAAUUCAUAUGAAUUAAAAGAUUUAUAUGAAUCUGCUGCUAUUAUCUAUUUUAAACAUUAAGGAUAAUUUAAUUCUUUUGAUUUAUUCAUUCAAAUUGUAGAACAAAUUAACAAAAAACAACUCAUUUUUGAAAAUAAGUUCUUUUAUAUUAUAAAGCCUAUUAUUUCUGAAUACUACUAUUCAAUUAUGGAGUUAUAAGUUUUAGAAUUGAUAUCUGAAUUAAUUUGA